UUAAGUUUAAUAACUUUCUUUUAUCGAAAGAUUUUAAACGUUGUAAUGGGAGAGAGUCAUCGGAAAGAUUGGAGGCCUUUUAUUUAUGGAGGUUUAGCUUCAAUUAUUGCCGAAUUAGGCACUUUUCCUUUGGACACAACAAAGACUCGUUUGCAAAUUCAAGGACAGAAAUUAGAUAAAAGACACGCUCAUUUGAAAUAUUCUGGUAUGACAGAUGCUCUUGUACAAAUAUCAAAACAAGAAGGGUUUAAAGCUUUGUACUCUGGUAUCAGUUCAGCUAUUCUAAGACAAGCUACUUAUGGAACUAUAAAAUUUGGCACCUAUUAUUCAUUGAAACAAACAGCCAUGGAUAAAUGGGAAACAGAUGACUUGGUUGUUAUAAAUGUUGUUUGUGCUGCAUUAGCAGGAGCUAUUUCAAGUGCCAUAGCUAAUCCUACUGAUGUAGUAAAAGUUCGUAUGCAAGUAACUGGUGGCGAUUCAAAUUUGUCAUUAUUUGGUUGUUUUCAAGAUGUAUAUAAACAUGAAGGUAUACGUGGUUUAUGGAGGGGUGUAGGACCCACUGCUCAAAGGGCAGCAAUUAUAGCUGCUGUAGAAUUACCUAUAUAUGACUAUAGUAAAAAUAAACUUAUGGCUUUCCUGGAAGACAGUGUUACUAAUCAUUUUCUGUCUAGUUUUAUAGCUAGUAUGGGAAGUGCAGUAGCUUCUACCCCUAUAGACGUUGUCCGUACGCGGUUGAUGAAUCAAAGAAGAGUACGUACCACAGGUGGAGUAUUACCGCCUCAUAUCUAUAAUGGAAGCGUUGAUUGUUUCGUUCAGACCUUUAAAAAUGAAGGAUUCUUGGCAUUAUACAAAGGUUUUGUACCUACUUGGUUUAGAAUGGGACCAUGGAAUAUUAUAUUUUUUAUAACUUAUGAACAACUGAAACAAUUGGAUCAUUCGCAUUUGUCGCUAAAUAAAAUGUUAAAAUAUACAAAGGAAUAG